UGGCUUCUCUUUUGAGUCGAGUGGGCCUGAGAAUUGUUGGAUCGCACGAGGUGAUAUUAAAACUAAUUUGCAUCCAUUUGUUGAAAAUAAAAUUUGCUAAUUUCUUUUCUUUAUUAUUUGAGUGUUACUUGUGCAUUCGUGUAAAGGUUGGUGGUCCUCAUUUAGAAGCCCUGUAGGUGUUACUUUUCAGUGCAUGAUUUCCGAACUCGGACUAGGCCUCUGAGGCUACGUACGUACGUACGCACGUAAACGUCAUCGUGGACUGCUUUUCUUCGUUUACGAUCAAAGAAGGUUAUUGAAAAAAAACGGCAUGUUCAACCAAGGCUGGCGCAGCGGCGGGAGUAGUGGUGGUGGUGGUGGAACGGGGAGAGGCUACAGCAACUUGGGCAAGUCCUACCACGCCGUCCCCAGCGCCAAACCUGCCAAUCCCAACCCUUUCUCCCACACGCAGUACAUGGAGGCCAUGCUGAAACGCCAUCGCACCGAAGCCGAGUAUUUUGAAGCCGACAGCGACGAGGAAGAGGACAAGGCGCUGAUGAGGAAACGGGAGGACAGCGACAGUGAAGAGGACCCCCUGGAUGCCUUCAUGGCCGGCAUCAAUGAGGACCUGGCGAAACAAAAAGCGGCUUCCAAGAAGAGCAGCAGCGAGGACAAGAAGAAAGCCGUCAGGCAAGACAUCGAGGAGCUGGAUGACCAGGAAUCUUUCUUCAAGUACAUGGAAGAGAACCCUAACGCCGGAGUGCCGAUGUACGAUGCGGACGACAUCCUUGAAUACGACGCAGACGGUAAUCCCAUCAUUCCGGAAAGGUCAAAGUUCAUCGAUCCCCUUCCACCCAUCAAUCACGCCGAGAUCAAGUACGAAGCCUUUGUGAAAAACUUCUACGAGGAACACAGAGACAUUGCAGCCUUGAAGUACCCAGAGGUCCUGGAGUUGCGGAAGAAGUUUGGAAUCCGGGUGUCCGGUUUUGACCCGCCAAGGCCGGUCAGCAGCUUCGGCCACUUUGGCUUCGACGAGCAGCUGAUGCACUACAUCCGCAAGUCGGAGUACUCCCAGCCCACGCCCAUCCAGGCCCAGGGCGUGCCCAUCGCCCUGAGCGGGCGGGACAUCAUCGGGAUCGCCAAGACGGGGAGCGGGAAGACGGCAGCGUUUGUUUGGCCCAUGCUGGUGCACAUCAUGGAUCAGAGAGCGGUAAAGACAACCGAAGGGCCUAUCGGUCUGAUCUGUGCUCCCACCAGAGAGCUAGCACAACAGAUUUACGUCGAAGUGAAACGCUUUGGGAAGGCCUACGACAUUAAAGCGGUGUGUGCCUACGGAGGCGGGAACAUGUGGGAACAGCAGAGAGCAUGUCAGGAGGGGCCGGAGGUCAUUGUAUGCACACCGGGGCGACUGAUUGACCUGGUCAAGAAGAAAUCCACCAACCUUCAGCGAGUGACCUUCCUCGUGUUUGACGAAGCGGACCGUAUGUUUGACAUGGGAUUCGAGCCCCAGGUUCGGUCGAUUGCCAACCACGUCAGGCCCGACAGACAGACGUUGCUGUUCAGUGCCACAUUCCGCAAGAAGGUGGAGCGGCUCGCCCGAGACAUCCUGACCGACCCAAUCAGGGUGGUGCAAGGCGACGCGGGGGAGGCAAACGAAGAUGUGAAGCAGAUCGUCCAGGUGUUCCGCGACGACAAGGCACCCGAGAGCAAGUGGAAGUGGCUGACCGGCGAGCUGGUCCGCUUCACCACCCUGGGGAGCGUGCUCAUCUUCGUCACCAAGAAGCUGAACGCCGAGGAGCUGGCCAACAACCUCUGCCAGCAGGAUUUUAAUGUUGGGCUGUUACAUGGUGACAUGGACCAGAGCAGCAGAAACAGCGUCAUCACCGACUUCAAGAGGAAAGUCAUCCCUGUCAUGGUUGCUACAGACGUAGCUGCGCGCGGCCUGGAUAUCCCGUCUGUCAAGAUAGUGGUCAACUACGACGUUGCACGUGACAUUGACACACAUACCCACCGCAUCGGAAGGACUGGCAGAGCAGGGGAGAAGGGCACAGCCUACACCCUGGUGACAGCCAAGGACAUCUACUUCGCUGGUGACCUGGUCCGUAAUCUGGAGGGUGCCAAUCAGACUGUCAGUCAGUCGCUCCUGGAUCUGGCCAUGCAGAAUCCGAGGUUCCGAAAGACCCGGAGUUGCCAUGGAGCCAAAGGCAAAGUCGGUGGGGGCUCAGGGCUGGGCUACGGUAAGGAGCGCUCCAAGGCCAAGGACAGGCCGGGCCUUGGCAGCAGCGGCAAGGAUGAUCAAGGAGGGAAGACGGGCCCCACGCUGGGCCCACUUGGGGGAGGCUUCGCGGCCGCUGACCCCUCGGAGAUGGAGGGCAGCCGGCUGGCGUCCAUGAGGAACACUUUCAAGGCCCAAUAUCAGAGGCAUUUUCAAAAAGCCAGUUCGUCGUCCACAUCCAACACUUUCUCGGCCGAGAACACGGGCAACUAUGCCAUGCCGCCAAAGAACCCGGCCUCGUCUGGCCUGAGCCACCAUCACCACCACCACCACCACCACAGCCUCGCCGAGAGUGGACUCAGCUUGAAGGUACCGGGCAACCUCAAGGCCCCGCCCACUAGCCACACCAAGGGCAUUCUGAGCACUUUCGUCCCACCGGAGGCCAAGGACUCCAAGCCGCAGACCGUCGCGCCGAUCGCGCCGCCCAGUCGCAAGUCCAAGUGGGACGUCGGCGGGCCCAAGUCCCCGGAACCGGCCAGGAGGAACAGCGGAGAGGGCCCCGGCAGGAAGCCCGAGGGCAGUCGGUGGGAUAGCACCCCGCGGAGGGAGAGCGAGGACGGCACGUCCUCGCAAGACAAGAGCGAGCUCUCAAGUCCCACGGGGCACCUGGACAGCCACGGCUACUGGCAACUGGGGGGAGUUGCACCGUCAGCUGGGGUAUCACAGCAUGCCCAAGAUGGCCGAAGUGCAGCACUGGAGGAGGCCCUCAAGAGAGCCCACCAGGUGGAUGAGAUGGUGGCUGAGAAGCCCAAGAAGAGGAAAAGCCGGUGGGAUAUCUGAAUACCGUAAUGGCCAAGCAAAAAAUAAUUCUUGUUUGUCAGCUCUUUAUUCACCAAACUGUCCCAGUAUCCUUACUAUGAAACCAAAAAACCCAGUUGCCUACGUUUAGCAUCCUCGCAACGAGAAACUGGGUAUGCAAAGGAGGUCAGUUUAUGAAACAAUCUUUGCUUGUCAGCAGCGCAUGCUUGAAGUUCUUCUGGUGUGGCUCGUCUUGUCACAAGCCCCUCGUCAAACAAUCCCAGUUUGAUCGUAAUCACGCGCUCCAAAGUUUCUUGGUGCACCAGGCCUCAAUAAACAGUAGGCCAUGUAUGAAAUAACUUUUGUUUUUCAGCUAGCUAUUUACUCACAUCAUGUAAUCUACUCAUGCUAAAUAGAGAACGGAGAGCGAAAUUUGAACCGAGGCCUGCGGCCGGAAAUCUCUCCUUUGGCGUUGCGAGUGUAACCUGUAUUCUCUCAUUCUGCCGUAUUGCAUGUAGAUAUUUUCAACACCGAUGACGCCAUGGGCAUUACCGUACUUUUGUAUAAAAAAAGAACACACCGCUGCCAUUCCAGGAUGUGGUGGUGUGAAUGGUGGGAGGAGAUUCGAUUGAAAUGGAGGGGGGGCAGUGGUUACAGUGGAAAUAGUAAACGGGGAUAUCAUACAGUUGUUUGUUAAGUUUGACUUUAUUUUACACAAAAAUUGUUACGGUUCUGGUUUAUUUUACCAACUGCGAGUCAGCAAUUGUCUGUCCUCUAUGGUACUGAAAGCAAUACUCAUUAUAGCCUUUAUUCCGACUGUUUUACUGCUCCUAUCACAAACCAUAACUACGGUACAUCUAUUGUAUAUUCUUAUCAAAGUCAUGAUUGUACAAAGAGAACGGUUCCUUGUCCCGAUCAUCCACAAACAGAUCAAAAACAUGUUCCUUUGUUGUGUGUGGCAGGACUUGUGACUUGUCACAGACCGCACUGCAAGUCCAGUUAUUCUGUAUAAAUUUGUCCUCGCUUGUUUGUAGGGCCGCGUCUUCCCACUGGAACACCCUCUCCAAGUGCGCUAACCCUUUUUGAUCCAAGCAUUUUUCGCUAGGUAGAGACUGUAAUUCUACACGCUGCCAGCGUUCAUCAGCAUAGUUCAUAUCUCGUGUGUCUUCCGAAGGUAUGGAACCCUACCUCGGAUAUUCCUAGCUGCAUACCCUACCACGGUUUUAGCAAAGAUGUAAAUAACCCAUGCAAGUUGAAUUGUAACCGUAGCCAUCAUGUGUCACAUUGACAACUUCAGACAUCUUGAGAUCUUCAGUUCUUUUCCCCACCCUAGAGUCCCAUUUUUGGCAUAGCAGUGGCUAAAUAAAUCAAGAAUGUUGAAAUUCAACCAUCCAUUCAAA